AUCUACCACAACUCCAAUUUUCAGAGAGACAAGCCCAGGCUCCUGGAGAAUAUCCAGAGAAAAGAUUACCUCAGAAACACCGCUCAGCAAGCAACCUGUGUCCCAACUCCAAAGAGAAAGAAGCUGGUAGCUACAAGACGCUCCCUACGUAUCUAUCACAUCAAUGCCAAGAAAGAAGCCAUCAAAAUGCGUCAGCAGGGAGUCCCCAGUGUUCAGGGACCCAGUGGCACUCAGUCCUUCAUGUUCUCUGGCAUGUGGUCCAAGAACAGUAUCACUGGGCAUCCCCUGGGAAAUAGGCCCCCUCAGGAACCAAAUGGCCCAAGUUGGGAGGGCACCUCUGGGAAUGUCACAUUUGCAUCUUCGGCUACUGCCUGGAUGGAAGGCAUAGGGCAAGUGCCUAGUAGCCCGGUUUACUCAGAUAAUGGUAGUGUAUUGUCUUGGUACAAUAUCUGUUACUCCAUUCUGUUGGCCACCCUCUCAGUCAUGUCUCCAAAUGAGCCCUCUGACAAUGACGAGGAGCAGGAAGGCUCUUCAGAUUACAAGUGUAAACUCUGUGAACAGUUCAGAAACAAUGCAAGUCUGUGAACUCACAGGCCACUAAUGAUCGAUAAAAGUUGCCAUUUGCUAAUGAGAAACACAUUUUUG